AUGGCUUCCGCCGCGAGAACUGCCUCCCGGGCCUUCCUCCGUUCAACCCCGGCCACUUCAUCCUUCAGACCCGCUGCUCGUAGCGCUCGCUUCUCCCUCCCCUCGCAAGCCUUCCGCUCCUCUCGUCGGGGCUAUUCUACCGAGGCUCCUGAGCAGGGCAAAUCUUCCAACGGCCUUCUCUGGGCUGGUCUCGCCGUCGCUGGUGGUGCGGGGGCGUACUUCUAUUUGAAGGGUGGUGAUGUUUCGGCGAAGAACUUUGUGCCUCAACAGAAGGACUACCAGGCUGUGUAUGAUGAAGUCGCUCGCAAGCUCGCCGAUGAGACGGACUAUGAUGACGGCAGCUAUGGACCGGUCGUCCUCCGUCUCGCCUGGCACGCAAGUGGCACCUACGACAAAGAAACCGGCACCGGCGGCAGCAACGGCGCCACCAUGAGAUUCGCCCCCGAAUCCGACCACGGUGCCAACGCCGGCCUCAAAGUCGCCCGCGACUUCCUUGAGCCCAUCAAGGCCAAGUUCCCCUGGAUCUCCCACUCCGACCUCUGGACCCUGUCCGGCGUUGCCGCAAUCCAGGAACUCGGCGGGCCCGCCAUCCCCUGGAGACCCGGCCGCCAGGACAAGGACGUCGCAGGCUGCACGCCUGACGGACGUCUACCCGACGGCUCCAAGAGCUACGGCCACGUCCGCGACGUGUUCUACCGCAUGGGCUUCAACGACCAGGAGAUUGUCGCUUUGAUUGGUGCUCACGCUUUGGGCCGUGCUCACGCUGACCGGUCUGGUUUCGACGGUCCUUGGGAUUUCAGCCCUACUGUCUUCACUAAUGAAUUCUUCCGUCUGCUUGUCGAGGAGAGCUGGAAUAAGAAGAAGUGGAAUGGGCCCGAGCAGUUCACGGACAAGUCCACGCAGACUCUCAUGAUGCUUCCUAGUGAUAUUGCGCUUAUCAAGGACAAAGAGUUCAAGAAGCACGUUGAGCGGUAUGCCAAGGAUAACGAUGUGUUUUUCAAGGAGUUCUCGGAUGCGUUUGUGAAGCUGUUGGAGCUUGGUGUUCCGUUUGCUAGUAAGGCUGAGGACCGGUUUGUGCUUAAGGCUUCUGAGUGA